AUGGUGCCCAUGGCGCCCGUACUGAAGCUUACGCCUGAAGGCGUGACCUUUCCAGCACCCAUCAUUCUGAGAAUUCCAACAUGCACUGGAGCCAACAAAGCCUUUAGGUCCAAUGACGAUGGUGACUGGGAAGAAAUUCGCGAGGUGAAAUUUGCUGAAGAUUCCUGCGAAGUCCAGCUCUCCCACUUCUGUCAGGUGGCCAUCACAGGAGAUGCAAGACCUCUGAAAGCGCUUGGGUUCAUCAAAGCUACAUCGUCUUCUUCCACAGUGAAGCUGGCCUUGCUCCAUGUGGGCUGCAACAGGUGCAAUGACGAACUGGCGUGGUACUUGCAAGAUGCCCAGCUCUUGCAAGGCUAUCAGCAAUGUAGUGAGAUUGAAGUGAUUGGCCAGAAUGAUGCUGUAAUCCUUUCACACUCGGGGACGCGUCUCCAAGAGCUUCAACUCCGCUCCCGUUCUCUUCCAGCUAUUUCCAGCGAAUUUGCCCGGCAAUCUGACGCAGCCUUUCAGGUCGACAUUAAUGAUGGUCAGCGCGAUUUUAAAGUGACCUAUACUGCCCCACCUGCUCCGACCAAUGCAGGAGGAUACGCAGCAUCUCAAUCGACCGCAAGUGGCUCAGCCAGUGCUCAGGUUGCUAGCUCCAGCAAUCCGUCUCCCCAGUCGAUUCAGCAGCACGUGAUGCUGAGCGGGAGAUUCAACAGAGAUGACAUCAAAGACUACAUGAGGAUUGUCAGAAGACGUCUUGAGGAGCUCCAAGUGACCACCUUUAUGGUGGAAGCUGGAGGCGGUGGAGAAUUCGGAAGUUUGACCCUCAUGGGUCUGGGCAGAGCGAAAGCCAUGGUGGCUUUCUGCACCGAGGAAUAUGGCGCCCUGACUGGCGUUGGAUAUGAGACCUUCCGAGAACUGGAAUUUGCACAUCAACAAAAUCUUCCUCUUAUUCCAGUUCGCAAUCAUCGAGUGUAUCCGCCUCAACCUUCAGAUUCUGAAAUGGGCCGAUACCAAAACCGAUUCAUUCUCAAACCAACUUUGGUGUACAUCGCGGACGAGGAGAUGCAGAAGCCCAGGGAGGUGGCCGACCAGAUUGCCCAAGCUUUGACCACCAUGGGCCUCCACACACCACCCGGCGCGCCCAGAGCCCCACGCGCACCCGGCGCACCAGCUCGAAAGGCGCCUCCAGCACUGCCGCCAGCAGUGUCGCAGGCAGCUCCACCAGCAGUGCCGUUGGUUCCCCACCGCCCACCCGGAGCACCGACCCGACCCUCAGGACGAAGGCCGCGACCACCCGUGCAGCCCAGCCUGGAGUCCAUGGAUUGA